AUGACAGAUUUUUCGGCUGUGAGAAGUUUGUCACCUGCAGUAUUCGGAGGAGCGAGGAGGGGCGAGCUGCCUGCUGGCGGAAGUGGCAACUGCAUUCGCCUGCAGCGCAUUACAUAUACUGUGUACAAAUGGAUAACUAGUCUACUACACGGCCGUACAUGUAGUUCUUGCGCUGUACCAUUUACGGUACAGAUGUGCUGUAUCUUUCGGCUGCAGUCAGAAGGAGCGAAUGUCGUUAAUGUCGACGCGGUAUCAAUCUCUACAACGGAUUUUUAUCGUGACUUAUGCAUACGACAGUCUUCAGACUGGCCGCAGCAGUAGCGCUGCACCUCCAGAAAGGUGCUAGCAUUGUCCUGGUACAACAGCCAUUAAAAAUAACCACGACAAGACGACGACGACGAACAAAGAACGUGGACUAGAAGAACUAUCGAAAGUAGAGAGAGACUAUCGCUUUUUCUACUUCACGACAAGAGCAGUGUAUGUCAAGAAAGAUGUUGAAAGAGAAAGUUAUAUUGCACGGGUUUCGGCUUGUGCUUCCAGGACGGAGACACAGCCAAUGAACUAUGUGCGAAGGAGGUUACCGGAGACAAUGAUUUUUUACGAUUAGACUCUACAAUCGGAUAAUGUAUUUGAUGGGACAACAUCGCUGCGGCGCUGGUGUUGAUUUUUGAGGUUGGUGUGAUAGCGCUACUUGCUAUAAUACCUCCGAAAGGAGUAGAAAUAAAGCUGCAGACUGUGUAAGAACAACACUUCUUUUUACAAAUGCGUAAAAAUAGCGAAGUGUGCAGUCUCGCCUGUAGCUGCUACACCCGCUUUGGUAUUUUACGUACAAAGGCCCGCAGUUUUCAUCAUCCUGAUGUGACAGCGUGGGAGGACUGCAGGACCAGCUACGGCGAUGUUAUGAUGUGGAUUUCCGAUCAAAAAUAUUGUAGAAAGUUAUUGCUCACUCGAUGAUCUACUCCGUACUGUAGUUGUGGAAGAAAGAGGAAAGGACAGCACGAGCUGUCAUGUGGGAAGGAGCUAUGCGGCGCCGAGCUCCAAACAGCACGACGGGAACUACAACUUUUACAACUGGAACUCCUUUACAACUCCAAUACAACAACAACCGGACCCUUCACUACUAUUUAUUUCCCCUCAAGUUUUGGUCCGAUCAUGUUAUGCUAGAACUAUUCGAAAAAAACCUCUUCGAUCAGAACGAAGACAUUCCAC